AUGACAGGCCUAUAUUUGGGGCUCGGGGGCGGGUCGGCGCCAGAGACGAGAAGAGAGGAGGGGAGGCCUCCUCCGCCGCCGCCAUCUUGGACCGGGCCCGGUCAGCUUCCGCGGAGCCAUCGGCAGACGCCGCGGCCUCCCUUGAGCCCCGACCCCCGUCGUCAGAACAACCCCGGGCCCACUUCCCCCCACCCCACUUCCGCUUCGCGCCGCUAUCGCGAUAGCGCCCGGACCCGGGGCGCGAGAAAAAGGCGGCGGGCGCUCGCCUCCCCCGCCUGUCGCGAUACGCUCCUCAGCGGCGGCGCCAGCUCCUGUGGUGAGAGCGUCAGGCUCGACUGGGCCGGACCCCUUCCCCUCCUCCCCCGGCGCCGUUGGCCGCCUUCCCCGCCGCCUCCCGCCCCUGCGACCCCGCCGCCUGUCGCGAUAUGGCCGCCCCCGGCGCGGCGCCCCCGCCACCGCGCGGCCCCGGCGCUUGCCGUCGGCCCGGAGGUGCGCGGCUCCCCCGCCCCCGCUCCCUCCUCCACGCCCCUCGGCGGCGCCCGGGGGUCCUCCCGCGACCCCGGCCCCGCGCGGCGUCCGCGUCGGGCCCCCGUGGGGUGUGAGGGUGCGAGGUGCCCGCCCCUCUCCGCGUCGGUAUUGGCUCCUCGCUGGAAGGAUGGAGGCGCCUUGGCCGCAGGUGCCCGCCCUCUCGGGGCUCAGGUGCCUGCCCCCCUCGGCAGCAGCCCCUGUGCUUGGGGGGCGGUCUCCGGGCGAGGCUGCCCCCUUCGCGUGGGUGUGGGGCUGCGAGUCCCCUGGUUGAGGACCCCCGUGGGGAGAGGGGGUCAGCCUUCCCGGGGCCAGCGCUCCUCUCUCCGCUCCCCUCCCACCGUGGGCGCCACUCUCCUCUUUGGGGAUGGGGUCUCUGUGUGCCAGCGUCAGCAGCCUCCCAAGUUGAGGAUGGCCUUCCAGCAUCGCUUCCCAGCAGGUCCGAUCUCCUCUCCCCGUGGCGCCAGGCCGCUCUGUAUCGGCCCGUGA